AGCCAAAAUAUUCAUGACACUCAAAAAAGCACCGUUAGACACAGAGAUUCAAAAUUAUGAUUCAAUAGAAUUUCGUAAAAAUGCAGGUGGCUCGAUUGUUGUAAGGAAAACUGGAAUUUCGGCGACAUCAGGAUUAAUAAAUUUUGUGUGCGGAAUGAUGGGUCCGGGGUGCUUUUCGUUAGCUGUUAGCUUUAAACAAGCCGGUUUAUGGGGCGGUUUCGCGUCGGUAUUCAUAAUCGGUGGCCUGAGCCUCUACAGUAUGCACAAAAUAGUCAAUUGUUCGCAAUUUCUAUCGGAAAAGAAAGGAGAUCAAAAAUUGGACUAUGGUGAAAUGGCAAAAUCGGCGAUGGAGAAUAGUUAUGGCUGGGCGAAAAAAUACGGGAAAAUUGCAAAAGUCGUAGUUAACACUUGUCUACUAGCUUUUCAACUCGGAGUCAUCACUGUUUCCAUGAUUUUUGCAGUGGAGCAUAUUAUAGAAAUUUGGCAAUUCAUCGCUGGCUCACCACCACCCUUCUCCAAGAUAGUGCUCAUUUUGAUGUACUUUGUUCCUCAAAUGCUAUUCAAUUUGAUUGGGCAUAUUAGGAUAAUUACAUUUUUGAGUUUAUGCGGAAAUGUUAUCAUUUUUGCGGCAAUUGCUCUUAUCACUCAGGAGCUUCUUUCCCACACGUGGUACCCAACAUGGGAGCUCCCAAGCAUCACUGGUGUCGAAGGAGUCUCCCUAGCUGCUGGCUCACUUAUCUACUCAUUCGAAGGUCAAGCUAUGGUACUUCCACUAGAAAACUCUCUGAAACACCCACAAGAUAUGAGAGGUCUCACCGGGGUUCUGUCAACUGCCAUGAACGUGGUCAUAGUUUUUUAUGCAUUUCUAGGAUUCUUUGGGUAUAUUGCGUUUGGCCCCGAUGUGAGAGGAAGCUUAACACUGAAUUUACCAAAUUCAGUCCUAUCAGUAACUGUCAAAGGCCUUCUGGUGCUAAAAGUUUUACUGGGCAAUGCUCUCCAACUAUUCAUAAUUGUUCAAAUGCUCCUGCCCAGCCUUCAAGCAAAAGUCUCAGAAAACCGAAAGUUGAUCCACAAGAUUCUGCCAUAUGCUCUUCGACUCAGUCUUAUGCUUGUUUCAUUAAGCCUUGCUCUCGCUGUGCCAAACUUGACAGAAAUCAUUCCAUUUGUUGGGAUCACCUCAGGACUGUUAAUUUCUUUAAUAAUACCGUCAUUUUUGGAUUGUAUAGUGUUCUUGCCGGUGCUGAAGGAGCGGGGUGAAAAAAAAAACUACUACCAAAAAAUGAUCACGAACAUUGUCAUUUUUGUGCUCGGUUGGCUACUACUUGGCUCAGGAUUAUAUUCCAGUAUUGAUGACGUCAUAAAUAAUAAUGAUUCUUAGAUAUCGAUUUUUUUAAUUUUGUAUAUUUUUGUUGUUAUAUACUUUGUACAGAAGCGAAAACUAAUGAAUAUGUAAAUAU